AUCCAGAACAUGCUCUAUCCAGCCUUGUCGCCAAUCGGCGACACUUUGGGAUAUCCCAAAUGUGCUUCUUCCGGUGCAGCCACGUGCGCUGAUUGGUACCACGGUGCAGUCAAUCAACAUGAUUGACAGGACCGCAAACAGUCAUUUUCACGCCCAGUUUUCCAUAUUUGGUUCGAACACGCUAGACCUCGCGAGACUUCGAGUUACGAGAGUUUAAAAAGUUAGAAAGAACUUCUCGCGGGCUGGAUGCAUGCUGGCGUAUCCAGAGGACACUUUCCACCGAAAUGCUGAUCAGUAGAGCAGAGGCCGAUGCCCUGCUCUACUACCUGGGCAGGGCCACACAAAAGUCGGUUGACUGGGGACAUGAGGUGUUCCAGAUUCUGUCCACCAAGGAACACAACGGCGCCCCCUUCGGCCUGAGGGGAAGUGAGGAGUCCAAACGACAGACUUUGAACUUUCAACGCAAGGCGAGGGCAUAUACAUGUGUGGAGGGGCAGCUUCGGAAGAAAGACAAACUGGUGAUGAUCCAGGAAGACUUCAAGGAGGUCAUGCGGCUUUACCAUGAUGGCGCCUCACAUCCUGGUAUCACUGCCAUGAAACGGAAGCUUUCAACAGUUUAUGACCAUUAUGAUGCGGCAAAGGUUGCAGAGUAUGUGAACAACUGCACAGUUUGCCGCACAUACAAGGCUUCUAACACGGAUAUCCAACACAAUCAGCCAAUCAGCAUUAACAGGAUGUUCCGAAGACUUGGAAUUGACUUCACAACUAUAGACUUCCACGAUGGUACACCCAAAAAAAGGGUUCUGUAUGCAAUUGACUAUUUCAGCAGAUUUGCCUGGGGCUGGGUGAUGCCCAAUACAGAUACCAAUGUGGAUGGACAGUUGCUAAGGUUCUACUCAAUCUCUGUCUCACUCUGGGGAUUGUAUGGGAGGAGUUACAGAGUGACAAUGGCAGCGAGUUUGUGUCACAUGUUGUCAGGUUGGUACAAUCAACUUUAAUAUCUUUCAAUGUCAUGUCUUACCCUACACAGUAUUGCACGCAGUGAAAUUAAAUUUUCAUCUUUA